GAGUUUCCUGGGGAAGGGUGUGCCGGGUGGACCAGAAUGCCAUAGGAGUCGGAGUCACAUUGGAGUUUUCAGAUAACUGUGAUCAGGAGGUCCCCAAAGACCCUGGUGUGGUUUUAGAGGCCUACAGAGGACUUUGCUAUGGUUUGGUGGGGCCUAGAGGACUCUAAUGUGGUUUGGGGGAUCUGCUGGGAAGGGUAGAUCUUGAAACAGAUGAACCUUGCUUUGGUAAGAUGAGAUCCCAAUAUUCAGGGGAGAGGGCAGGGGUUCAGGAUCUUGUGUGAGGGCGGCCUGGGAGGGUUACAAGUGGAAAUGGGAAGAAAAGAGUGAACCCUACUCCCCAUACUGUCUGUGGUUUCUGUUUUCUUCCUUCCUCCAAUUAUUGGUGUCUUUCUGUCCUUUUCUGUCCUGGCCCAUAUUCCUGCCUGACUUCCGAUCACUCUCUUUCACAUGUGCCCGUGUUUGUGCUGCCUGCCUCAUUUAUUUGGUAAUCAUUUGUUGAGGGACUCUGCUGUUCUUCUUUCCCCUCCCCCUCACCACUUCUGUCUGUCCCCUCUUCAUUCCCACCUGUUGCUCUGUUGCACUUUUCCUCCACCCUCUGUGCCUUGCCUUCUCUCUGAUGUCCACCUCUUUCCUGCCUGGCAUUCUCCCACACAUCCCCUUCCAUGUUGUUCCCCUGCCUCCUGCCUGCUCUCAGGUCUCAGCGGCGGUGGCAGCCGAGGUGCAGGAUGCGAGAAGGCGCCCCCCGGCCGGGCUCCCGCUCCAGGCCUCGCUCCCCUGCGGCCCUCUGAGCCCACCAUGGCCGUCCCACCGGGCCAUGGUCCCUUCUCUGGCUUCCCAGGGCCCCAGGAACACACACAGCAGGUAUUGCCUAACGUGCGGCUCUUGCCGAGGAGGCUUCCCCUGGCCUUCCGGGAUGCAACCACGGCCCCAUUGCGCAAGCUCUCCGUGGACCUCAUCAAGACCUACAAGCACAUCAAUGAGGUCUACUAUGCAAAGAAGAAGCGGCGGGCCCAGCAGGCUCCUCCUCAGGACUCAAGCACCAAGAAGGAGAAGAAGGUCCUGAACCACGGUUAUGACGAUGACAACCAUGACUACAUAGUGCGCAGUGGCGAGCGCUGGCUGGAGCGUUAUGAGAUUGACUCCCUCAUUGGCAAAGGCUCCUUUGGCCAGGUGGUGAAAGCCUAUGAUCAUCAGACCCAGGAACUGGUGGCCAUCAAGAUCAUCAAGAACAAAAAGGCCUUCCUGAACCAGGCCCAGAUUGAGCUGCGGCUGCUGGAGUUGAUGAACCAGCAUGACACGGAGAUGAAGUACUACAUCGUGCACCUGAAGCGGCACUUCAUGUUCCGGAACCACCUGUGCCUGGUGUUCGAGCUGCUUUCCUACAACCUGUAUGACCUCCUGCGCAACACGCAUUUCCGGGGUGUCUCGCUGAACCUGACACGGAAGUUGGCGCAGCAGCUCUGCACGGCGCUUCUCUUCCUGGCCACGCCCGAGCUUAGCAUCAUUCACUGCGACCUCAAGCCUGAGAACAUCCUGCUCUGCAACCCCAAGCGCAGUGCCAUCAAGAUCGUGGACUUCGGCAGUUCCUGCCAGCUUGGCCAGCGGAUUUACCAGUACAUCCAGAGCCGCUUCUACCGGUCACCCGAGGUGCUCCUGGGCACGCCCUAUGACCUGGCCAUUGACAUGUGGUCCCUGGGCUGCAUCCUGGUGGAGAUGCACACCGGAGAGCCCCUUUUUAGUGGCUCCAAUGAGGUGGACCAAAUGAAUCGGAUUGUGGAGGUGUUGGGCAUCCCACCAGCUCCCAUGCUAGACCAGGCACCCAAGGCUCGCAAGUACUUUGAACGGCUGCCUGGGGGUGGCUGGACCCUACGGAGGACAAAGGAACUCAGGAAGGAUUACCAGGGCCCUGGGACACGGCGGCUGCAGGAGGUGCUGGGCGUGCAGACGGGCGGGCCCGGGGGCCGGCGGGCGGGGGAGCCGGGCCACAGCCCCGCCGACUACCUCCGCUUCCAGGACCUGGUGCUGCGCAUGCUGGAGUAUGAGCCCGCCGCCCGCAUCAGCCCGCUGGGGGCUCUGCAGCAUGGCUUCUUUCGCCGCACGGCAGAUGAAGCCACCAACACAGGCCCGGCAGGCAGCAGUGCCUCCACCUCGCCCGCCCCCCUCGACACCUGCCCCUCCUCCAGCACCGCCAGCUCCAUCUCCAGCUCUGGAGGCUCCAGUGGCUCCUCCAAUGACAACCGGACCUACCGCUACAGCAACCGAUAUUGUGGGGGCCCUGGGCCCUCCAUCACUGACUGUGAGAUGAACAGCCCCAAGGUCCCACUCUCCCAGCCGAUGCGCCCCUGGGCAGGCGGUGAUGUGCCCCACAAGACACAUCAAGCCCCCGCCUCUGCAUCAUCACUGCCAGGGGCUGGCACCCAGUUACCCCCCCAACCCCGAUGCCUUGGCCGUCCUCCAUCACCAACCUCACCACCACCUCCGGAGCUGAUGGAUGUGAGCCUGGUGGGCGGCCCUCCUGACUGCUCCCCACUCCAUCCAGCGCCUGCCCCCCAGCACUCGGCUGCCUCAGCCCUCCGGACUCGGAUGACAGGAGGUCGUCCACCCCUCCCACCCCCUGAUGACCCUGCCACUCUGGGGCCUCGCUUGGGCCUUCGUGGUGUACCCCAGAGUACGGCAGCCAGCUCAUGACCCUGCCCCUUCCCUGGGGCCCUCCUGAAGCCAUACCCCUCCCCCAUCUGGGGGCCCUAGGCUCCCAUCCUCAUCUCUCCCCUUGACUGGAAUUGCUGCUGCCCAGCCGGGGUGGGUGAGGCCUGCACUGACUGGGGCCUGGGGCAGGGGGUCAAGGAGAGGGGUUCAGGCGCGCCCCCACACUAAGGACUGGACCCUUGGCCCCCUCUCUCCCCUUGUUUUCUAUUUAUUGUACCAAAGACAGUGGUGGUCCAGUGGUUGGGAGACCCCCUUCACCCCAGGGCCCUAGGAAGGGGUGGGGGCCGGUAGGGGGAGAUGGCAUUGCUCCUCCUUGCUGUACCCCCCAGUAAAGAGCUUUCUCACAUGCCCGCCUGAGCGUUUGCAGGGCCCUGGCUCCCUUCACCCAGCCCUCAGAGGCAUGGUGCGGAAUGUGUUUGGGGAGGGGGUGCUGGAAGAGCUUUGUCUUGUCGGAUAUGUCCAUAGGGAAGUUAUAGCUAUUGGUACAGACAUGGGGCUGCAGGUCUGGGCCUAAGGAAUCCUAGACAGAGAUCCUGAAUAGGAUUGUAGCCCACAUUUGCCUUUUCCAGGGUAAACUGAGACUCUGAAAGGGUGAAGGCCCACCUCUGGCCUGUUUCUGGGAAACAACAGUUUGUGUCCUAGUAAGCCAGGGUUUCCACAGAGUCUGUGCAGGAGUGGUUCCUUUUGCCAGGCAAGCAUCCAGUAGGUGCUGAAUACGUGUAAUAGGACUUAUUAGUGCCAUCUGGGGAUUGACAGGCAGACAAUGGGUACAGAAAAAAAACCCCCCCCACCCCCGACGUCUGGUCUUACCCUUUGGAACAAUUGCGGACAGAGCAAGGCGUUUUGAGAUUUUCAGGCCAAAAAAAUAUCCCAGGGGUUCCAGGUAAGUGGGCCUGUUUCCUUGGCAUUUGGGAAACUUUUGUCUCCCAAAUGGCCAAUCAAGAACCUCCUGUUGCAAAGGGUAUCCGUCUUCCACCUCAGGGAUGCGGGCGCCUCCUGGGAAAUGGAGCUCUACUUAGCAAUCUUCCCACUUUUCGUCGGGGAACUACAAAGACCAGAGUUCUUUUCGCUCACGUGUUUAGGGGCGGGAUGUCAGGCGGCCAAUCAGCAGUCAGACAAACAGCCGGAUGCUGGUCGCUAGCUCUGAGGAGGAAGGAAAGGGCCGUGAUUGGGUGUUUUGGGCCGUGCUGUGCGCAGGUGUUGAUUUCUGUUGAGGCGGCGGCAGGUGCCCGAAGGCUUAUCGUGGAGAGCGUGAA